AUGGUGACAGAACAAGAGAUAUCGCAAGCCUUACAAGCCCUAAUCCACGACACCACUUCCAACCCGAACACCACCACCCCGACCUUCACCACGCUAAACGACGUCGUCCAGCAGCUAGAGUCCAGGCUAGGGCUUGACCUCUCCCACAAGACCGACUUCAUUCGCACCCAGAUCCACUAUUUCUUCCGAUCCCACCCACCAACUCCUCAGCCCCAACCCCAACCCCAGCACCAACAACAACAACAACACCAACAACAACACCAACACCAACACCAACACCAACUACCUCAGCCUCAGCACCCAAAAGACCAUUUUGCCCUCAACCAGCCCCCUAAUUACCACCACCCCACUCCCUCCGCCUUCCAGACCUUCUCGUCCCAGCCCCCGCCUCCACUUCUCAAGCCCGAACCCGGCUCCGCCGCUCCUGUAUCGGUUUCUGGCUCUAACACGCCUAAGGACAGCGCUAAACCUAAAGCUAAGAGAAAAGGUGGCCCAGGGGGUUUAAACAAACUUUGUGGUGUUUCACCUGAACUUCAGGCCAUUGUUGGCCACCCAACUCUCCCAAGGACUGAGAUUGUGAAGCAACUGUGGGCUUACAUAAGGAAAAACAAUCUCCAAGAUCCUGGUAACAAGAGGAAAAUUAUUUGCAAUGAGGAGCUCCGACUGGUUUUUGAGACAGACUGUACUGACAUGUUUAAGAUGAACAAGUUGCUUGCUAAACAUAUUAUUGCACUUGAACCAUCAAAACAGUCAGUUCCCAAGAAGCCCAAGGUGCCCAAGGUUGCCGUGGAGUCUGGAACAAAAAGUACUGAGCCGGGUCCUUCUCUAAUAAUAUCUGAAGCACUUGCAAAUUUUUUUGGUGUUAGUGUAAGGGAGAUGCUCCAAUCAGAGGUUUUAAUGCGUAUCUGGGAAUACAUAAAGGUGAACCAUCUGGAGGAUCCUCAAAAUCCAAUGGCUAUACAAUGUGAUGCAAAGCUUCAAGAGAUCUUUGGUUGUGAAAGCAUCAGUGCAUUGGAAAUACCAGAUAUUUUGGAACGUCAUCACAUAUUCAGGAGAUGA